AAAAGAAAAAAAAAAAGAAAUAAAAUCCAAACUACAUAUGUUUAUUUUUUGUGCCUACCUCAUUGUUUUUAAUGCAUAAAAUAAAAGAGGUGGUUUAGUUUAUACGUUUUUAGAUGAGAACCAUUAAUGUCUAAUUUAAUCUUAAUACCAAAACUACCAGAUCGAAAGGUUUCUGACUGUUAUUGCGUAGCAAGUUUCAGCAGGAGGAGAGAGUGGUCCGUUGGGGCAAUAGUGGUAGCGGUAUGGCAGUGAGACACUGAUUAAUGUAAUUUGCUUACAAAAUUUGGUAAAGCAAGCAUUUUUUUAAACCAGUUUCAUCCUUAAUAGAAGUCUGAAUUUAGCCUAAAACCAGAGGUUUCACUCUUCUAACACGUGGGCUUAGUAACAGGCAGGUAAAAAUAACUAGGCUAGUUCUAUAAACUGUUAAAUGUUGUAGGAACCAUUUUGGGGCGGUGAUGUUUUUCUUUUUUAAGAAUGCAAUGCACUAAAACUCUUUUAAGAAUGUAGUUAAUACUGCUUAUUCAUAAAAACAGCGUAUACCUGUGUUUAGAUGUAAGAUCCCAGCUCUGGCUUUCUUUCUUUCUUUUUUUUUUUUUAAGUCAGUUUUAUUUUAUGAAUAAGUUCUGACAUUUGUAAUAAAUGUCUUGAGAGUAAUAAUUUGUUUAAUGGCUACAUGUUCAUUACUUGAGAAACCUUGAGUGUAUAAUAAUCUGUUGGUGGUGUAAUAAUGCACAGUCUCAUGAUUCAGCCAUUUUCCUUUUUGUUUUCACUUUUUUUUUUUAAUUCCUUUGGUGGGGUACUUUGUUGACAGCUGCCUUAAGCUGUUCAUUCAGUGAACAGGCUCUCAGUGUUUCAUGGGCUUUGUCUUCUGCUGCGGUUAACUUUCCUUCAUGGCAUGACAGGUAGGGCUUUAUAAACACGUAUUCUUCAAUUCAGUCAAGCUGAUGGCUCGAGCGACUGGUCACACAAUCAAUUAAGAGCCAAGAGCACCGAGUGUGCAAAGCUCAGACUCGACAGACCCUUCUUUUGGUGUCAAAUCUGACUGCUGUAAAUCCUUCAACCCCAAUCAGCGUUGCUGCUGAAGACUCUCUUUUGAACAUCGUAGACGGUUGAAAAGCGAGCGGUAAAUGCGUACCGCCAGCGCACGCGCGUGC